UGGACACAUACGCGCUAUUAGAUGAAGGAUCCUCCGUCACGAUGAUCGACGAUGAGCUACGGAGGGAUCUGGGAGUGCAAGGCGAACGUCGACAACUGAACAUCCAAUGGUUUGGAGGAAGAGCAAGCAGGGAGCCUACCAACGUGGUGAGCCUGGAGAUCAGUGGAGCUGGGAAGCCCACUCGUCACCCGUUGAGGAACGUGUACGCCGUUUCGAGCCUGAGUCUGCCGAUGCAGACGUUAUGUCGACGAGAUGUCCAGGGCGUUCAUAAGGAUUCGCGACUGCCGAUGAAACCCUACAGCAACGUGGUGCCGAAGUUGCUCAUCGGACUGGACCAUGGACAUUUAGGAUUGCCACUUAGGACGAGGCGGUUCGCCAGAGAGGGACCGUUCGCGGCCGCAACCGAGCUUGGAUGGGUUGUGUUUGGGCCAGUAAGUGGACAAUCGACUACGCCGUCACCGAGGUCCUGCCUUCUAGCCGUGUCAGUGGAGGACACGAUGGAAAAGAUGGUGGAGGACUACGUCGAGAUGGAAGGCUUUGGUGUGAAGCUCGCGCAACCGGUCGCAGCCAGCGACGACGCGCGGGCCCAAAGGAUCCUCGACGACACCACGGUGAAAGUGGGGCGUCGCGACCAGACGGGUUUGCUCUGGAAGGAUGACCACGCUGUGCUGCCACGGAGCUACGAGAUGGCACACAGACGGCUGAUCAACGUCGAGAAGUUGAAGCGCAACGGGCUGUUGGCGCUAGUAUACGAUCGGAUCAUCAAGGACGUGUCCAAAGGAUAUGCGAGGAAAUUGCAGCCGGAUGAGGUCGCGGGGAAGAGCGACAAGCUAUGGAAUUUGCCACAAUUCGGUGUCGAAACCCCGAACAAGCCCGGUGAGGUCCGGCUUGUGUUUAAUGCUGCAGACAAGGUUGGAGAUCGAUGUUCCCAACGAUUCCUUUGGAGAGAUGGUAACGACGAUCGAGACCCGGAUGUGUACGAGGUGAGCAAGAACUUCGUGGGAGCCGACAAGGACGCCAGACGAUUUGGAGACGCGUUCGAGACGGAGAGGAUACAGAGGCGGAGUAUGGGAGCAGAUGGUGCAUUGCGUCAAGCGAGUGCUGCGCCAUACCCUGGAAGAAGUCGCGCCGAGGGACCAUGUGGAGUCCCACCAUGGAGUACCUGCCUACGCUUGUGCGCCGCGAGAAGUGGUGCCAGGGAACGGAGCCCAUCCGAUAUGGUCUUCGUCUGCGAUCCUGCCUUGCCCAGACGAGAGUGGCGCAAGGGCAUCGUGGAGGAGGUUUACAGCGGAGCUGAUGGAGAUGGAUGGAGGAGCUAAUGGACUAUCUUGGACAAUGUUGCGGCCCGUCUCUAAACUUGGAGUUUUUGGAUUUGAGUGAAGCGGGUCUUCACGGGGUCGGGGAUGUCGACGGUCAAAAACAUUGUUAUCGAUAGUUAAGUCAGUAUUAUUAGGAAAUGUAGUAUUUCAAGUUAUCGGAAUUACGGGCCUACUAAUAGCGGUAGUGUGAAUGCCGCCAAAAAGUGCCAUUCAUUGUUUUGUUGAUUGUAGGAGGGCACACUGCGAAUAAAACGUUCCGUUAGCCACAGCCAAGGCCUUUGAAGUACCCCUUUCUUCGGACCUACGCGUGUGGGGAGCCGUUUAAGGCAACUCCACAUGACACAAAA